GUGCUGAAGAGUCCCAGGGAGAGGAGGCUAUUUUUGUUCGAAGCUGACACUUCUGCCUGAGUUACAAGUGCUGCCUGGAAAGGGCUCAGGUUGUUUCCAGGGGGAGAACUCUGCAGAGAAGAGGCAAAGUUCAACAGGACAACAAAGGAGCAGCAGAAACAGCCAGGAAAACCAAGAGCCCUCACGUUUUCACAUAGAACCCCCUAUCAGAGUUCUCGAAUCCUAAAGUAUUCUGCAAAGUGCCACUUGACUGGAACUUUUUGCCUGCCUUUUCCUUUCUCCAACCACCAUGACUGAGAUCACCGCUGAAGGAAAUGCAUCUACUACCACAACUGUGAUUGACAGCAAAAAUGGAUCUGUGCCCAAGUCCCCUGGGAAGGUGGUGAAGAGGACGGUCACAGAAGACAUAGUGACCACAUUCAGCUCGCCAGCAGCCUGGCUUCUGGUCAUUGCUCUGAUCAUCACAUGGUCAGCUGUUGCCAUUGUUAUGUUUGACUUAGUGGAUUACAGAAACUUGUCAGCAAGCUCUAUUUCCAAGAUUGGCUCAGAUCCUCUAAAACUUGUACAUGAUGCUGUGGAGGAAACCACGGACUGGGUCUAUGGCUUCUUUUCUUUGUUGUCUGACAUCAUCUCAUCUGAUGGCGAUGAAGAAGAUGAUGAUGGAGACGAGGACACUGAUAAAGGAGAAAUAGAGGAGCCGCCCUUGAAAAAAAAAGAAAUACACAAAGAUAAGAUUGAAAAGCAGGAGAAACCUGAAAGAAAAAUACAAACUAAAGUUACACACAGAGAAAAAGAAAAAGUAAAAGACAAAGAAAAACCUGAAAAGAAAGCAACUCACAAGGAAAAAAUAGAGAGAAAAGAAAAACCAGAAACAAAGACAGUGACAAAAGAAGAGAAGAAAGCUAAGACUAAAGAGAAGACUGAAGAAAAGACUAAAAAGGAAGUGAAAGGUGGGAAACAGGAGAAAGUGAAGCCAACAGCUACAAAAGUAAAAGAAGUUCAGAAAACAUCGCCAAAACCCAAAGAAAAGGACAGGAAAGAGACCGCAGCUGUAUCCAAGCACGAACAGAAAGAUCAGUAUGCAUUCUGUCGAUAUAUGAUUGACAUAUUUGUCCAUGGGGAUUUAAAACCAGGACAAAGCCCAGCCAUACCACCUCCAUUACCAACAGAACAAGCUUCCAGACCCACUCUGGCAUCACCUACUCUUGAAGGCAAAGAUGAAGAGGAAAAGAAGAAAGCCGAGAAGAAUGUGACUUCUGAAACAAAAAAGAAAGAAAAAGAAGAUGUCAAAAAGAAAACUGAGAAGGAAACUGCUGUUGAUGUGAAAAGAAAAGAACCAGGCAAAGCCCCUGAAACCAAGCAAGGGACUAUAAAAGUUGCAACACAAGCACCAGUUAAAAAAGAUGAGAAGAAAGAAGAUUCCAAGAAAACAAAAACACCCACAGAAGAACAACCCAAGGGAAAAAAACAGGAAAAAAAAGAAAAACACGUGGAACCAACAAAGUCACCAAAGAAGGAACAUUCAGCUCCAAGUGAAAAACAAGUAAAAGCAAAAACUGAACGAGCCAAAGAAGAGACUGGUAUUGCCUCAACUAAAAAAGCUGCACCUGGAAAGAAAGAAGAGAAAACAACCAAGACAGUGGAGCAAGAAAUUAGAAAAGAAAAAUCUGAGAAGACUUCAGUUCUGAAGGAUAAAGAGCCUAUUAAGGGGAAAGAAGUGAAGGUUCCAGCUUCCCUAAAGGACAAAGGUAAUAUUCUAUCAUGAAAUGGGAAAACACACUGAU